AUGGUCAACACCAGCUGGACCAGUGUGUCCCAUUUUGUAUUACUGGGCAUCUCUACACACCCAGAUGAACAGAUUCCGCUCUUCCUUCUCUUUCUACUCAUGUACAUAGUCAACGUUGCUGGCAAUUUUUCCAUCAUUACACUCAUUGUCUCUGCUCCUCACCUCCACACCCCCAUGUACGUCUUUCUCAGUAAUUUGGCCUUGGCAGAUAUCUGCUUCACCUCUACCACAGUUCCCAAGAUGCUGCAGAAUAUUUUUUCCUCUGCAAAGGCCAUUUCCUACGUGGGCUGCUUAGCCCAGACUUACUUUUUCAUUUGCUUUGCAGCCGUGGAAAACUUCCUCUUGGCUGUGAUGGCAUGUGACAGGUACCUGGCCAUCUGUCACCCUCUCCGCUACCCCACAAUACUGACUGGAAUGCUAUGUGCACAGAUGGUGAUUCUGUGCCAUGUUCUCUCUCAUCUUCAUGCCCUACUGCACACCCUUCUCAUGGGUCGACUGACCUUCUGUGGGGACAAUAGGAUCUCCCACUUCUUCUGUGACCUCUAUCCUCUGAUGAAGAUCUCCUGCACCAGCACCCACCUUAACACGUUAAUGAUUCAUACAGAAGGUGUGAUUGUCAUCAAUGGAGCCCUGGCUUUCAUUACUGCCUCCUAUGCCUUCAUCAUCUCAGCGGUCCUCCGGAUCCCCUCAGCCAAGGGCAAGUGGAGGACCUUUUCUACCUGUGGUUCCCAUCUCACUGUGGUGGCUAUAUUCUAUGGCACCCUCACAUGGGUCUACUUCCGGCCCCUUUCCAGUUACUCGGCGACCAAUGGCCGCAUCGUGACAGUCAUGUAUACAGUAGUGACUCCCAUGUUGAACCCCUUCAUCUACAGCCUGAGGAAUGGAGAUGUCAAAGAGGCCUUCAGGAAAUGGAUGAGAAGACUAUAG